CGUUUAGUAUAUAAAGACGGCGUUAGAAUACUUCAAUCAGAUCGAAACAAAAACUUGGUCCCACUAACAAAAUGAAAUUCCUAGUAGUUCUCGCCGUAGCCGUGGCUUACGCCAGCGCUGACGUGUCCCACGUCGUCAAGGAUGACUUCCACGCUCCCAUCGUGUCAUCAUCCUUCGACAUUGAACCACAGGGAGACUACAAGUUCUCUUACGAAACCGGCAAUGGAAUCUACGGUCAGGGUGCUGGUGUCCUCAAGAACGCUAACUCAGAGUACCCCUACUUGGAAGCAAGCGGUAGCAUCAAGUACACCUCCCCUGAGGGCCAGCCCAUCGAACUGUCCUUCGUUGCUGACGAGAACGGAUACAAACCCUCGGGAAGCCAUCUCCCCGUUCCACCCGCCAUCCCCGAAGCCAUCGUCCGCAGCUUGGAGUACAUAGCAGCUCACCCCCCACCAGCUGAGGUUGUCAAGGCCGCUCCUGCCAAACUCGGUUAAGAAGAAUGAAGAAUAAACAAAACUAGUACAAACUCCACUGCCAUAACGUAGCCAAUAUAAUUUUGUUUCGUA